AUGGCGGUGCACACGAUAGCAGAGAAUAUUGGCGACGUGGAAGAACAGCAUCUCGCCCGUGAAGAUUUGCCGCGGCGGUACUUGUGGAGGAUAUGGCGACUCUUAGAGAAUAGAGGCGUAUGCUUUCAAGCCUGGAAGGUCUUUUCCAAAUUCCUCCUCGCCGAAGACGACGAAAAGACGCUGGGCCUAUACCGCUACCGCCAACACAUAUGCCAACCAAGCGCACCAAGUCUUCGCCACUACCUCAAACCGCUCGAGUCCCCCAACGUGGAUUUUGUAACACACCUAACCAUCACGGGAUCCUGCUCCUUUGGCGAGAACGAGCUGCUAGCGCUAGCCAAGCUCAAGAACCUCGCCAUCCUCGAAAUCAUUGAGCCGGCGUCGUCGGCGUCAGCCUAUGACGAGCACCAACUGGCCAGCUUCCCCAAAGUCGAUGACCGUCUCGUCAGGAGCUGGUCCGAAAUGGACGACCCCUUCCCGCUCCUCCGUGUCCUCCGCCUCUGGGGCGACGAGUCCGUCACGACGCACUCGCUGCAGUACGUCUCCAAGUUCCCCUCACUGGCGCUAUACGACGUCAACGCGUCGAGGAGCGACUGGCGGGACGCCUGGGCAGCCGCGGAGGAGAAUUGCUGGGACCUGGACGAACCGCUGCACGGCCCGCACGAUUCCCUGCUGUGGUACCUCUUACUCUUUGACGGCGCCGUCGAGGAGACCAAGGAGGACAGCAAGCCGAGACAGCUGCAGGGCAUGGCGCGCAACAUUGACGACGGGCUGAUGAAUUUCUGCCAGAGCAGCAACCAGCCCAUCACGAUUGACGCCUCCAGCCAGGACGGCGCACCUCUGUUCCUGGACCACCUCAGCGAGGCGGCCAAGAGGAAUCUAUCCAUGUACGUCGACGUACCAGGCUACGAGGCGCAAACCUGCAAGGGCUUCCCCUUUGAAACGUGGGGGUUCUGGCUGUACUCCUUCCUCGGCCAACUCUCAGGGGACGCAGACCUCAAGAGAGCGGGUCUAAAGACGAGUACUCUCACGGCGGUAUCCGAGAAGCUGGUGCUGCCCGCGAAGCCGCUCGCGUGUCUCCAGCUGGGCCAUUGCGGCUCCGGCAGGCCGGGCAUCACGCCGGCCGUGUCGUAUGUGCGCCGGGGAUUGUUUGCCACGUCUAGGUAUACCUUCUUUAGGAGGCCGUCGGGGGUGGGCAGCAAGCAGGAGUCGUCGGUGCGGAAGCCGACGGAGUCGUUGAGGCCCAAGGUUGAGCUUGGAAAGGUCGAGACGGGGUUGAAUCCGAAUAGGAAGAAGAGGCGGAGGCUUGAUGAUAUUUUGCAGUCUUUUAUGGGUUCUUGA